GCUUCCCGGAAGUGCGGUGCGGUGCGGGAUGCAGGCGGCGGAGCGGGACGGGCCGGCUGCGGGCGGGGACGGGGCGGCACCGGCAGCACCGGGGGGCGGGGAGGGGUCGGCAGAGCCGCUAUCGACACCCAAGGCCGCCGCCUUCGACCUGCUGGACCUCGUGCGGAGCUACCGCCGGCUGCAGAUGUACCUGGAGCCGCUGCGGGAUGCGGCCGAGGGCGUGCGCUGCCUCCUCCGGUGGCAGCGGCCGCUGUGCUCCAUGAUCGUCUGCAUCGGCCUGAACUUCCUCCUGCUCACCCUGGACCAAGCCGCCUGGUACUCGGUGCUGGCGCUGCUGGUGGUGCUGCCGGCGCUGCUGUGUUACCUGCAGGAGACCUGCCGUGUCCGGCCCUCGGAGCGGGAGCUGCUGCGCAGGAAGUACCACAGCGUGCGCCGCGAGGACCUGCGCAAAGUGCAGCUGUCACGCCAGGAGGCUCUGACCCAGGUCAAGUGCUUCCUGAUCCAGCUGGAGGGGUUCCUGAGCGGGCUGUGUUACAGCUGUGAGGCGGCGUAUCGAGUGCUGUACUGGGAGAACCCUUCUGUCUCUUCCCAGUUUUACGGAGCGCUGCUGGGCUCUGUCUGCAUCCUUUACCUGCUGCCACUCUGCUGGGUCAUGGCCAUCCUCAACAGCACCCUCUUCCUGGGCAACAGCCAGUUCUACCAAGUGAUAAAGGAGCUCAAGGCCUCUGUUGAGCAGAGUUUGGGCACCAAACCUCUUGAGAGCCCUCCAGAGCCUGCCAAGCCCCUACCAACUGAUGCCCCACCAGACCGGACUCCCACACCCACCAGCACAGAGGAUCUUACCCCUGGCAGCGUGGAGGAGGCAGAGGAGGCAGAGCCUGAUGAAGAGUUCAAGGAUGCUAUUGAGGAGAACCAGCUGCUGGUCAUGGAGGAUGAUGAGGGCUCUCAGUGUUCAGCAGAUUUUGACCUCAGCCUCCCAGACAACGGUUUUAUGAGCAAAAACGAUGUGAUCCGCAGCAAGGUGUCACGUCUGACUGAGCGCCUGCGCAAACGCUACCCCAGCAACAAUUUUGGGAGCUGUACAGGCUGUGGAGCCACCUUUUCUGUGCUGAAGAAGAGGCGGAGCUGCAGUAACUGUGGGAACAGCUUCUGCUCCAGAUGUUGCUCCUUCAAAGUUCCCAAGGCUGUGAUGGGAGCCACAGCACCGGAGGCUCAGAGAGAAACUGUAUUCGUGUGUGCUCAGUGCAACCAGAUGCUCAUCAAGUGACCAAAACAGCAUACAGGGGCUGUGCUGCUUCAUGCCCAAGGACAGCGGGAGCCCUUCUCUUUCUCAGGGGAUCCUAGGCUGCUUGAUUCCCAGCAUGGUGCCACCCUGCCAGAGGACACAAGCACUUGCUGCUCCCCCUGCCAGUGCUGAGCUGAGGGCAGACCCAGGCUCCUCACCAUGCAGUGUGCUGCACCAGCUGUUUCCUACAGCAGAGCACUGCCCGCAGCUGUGCCCUAUUGCUGCGGCUGCCCUGCCGGCCUGGCAGCUGUUUGGGAAGCACUCCCUGCACUGACUGCACCCUGUGCUCACCCAGGGCCUGGCUCUGUGAUGGAGGAGCCAUCCUUCCUAUUCCUGCUCCUACCUCCACCUCCUGGGAGAGGCAGAGCAACCUCAGGGCUCUGUCCCAACCUCCCUGACGAGCACUGUGUGGGGUGACUGUUUUUGGGAUCAAGUCAGAGCUCUGCCUGCGUUCCCAGGAGAUGUAGCCCAUGGUCUUGGCUCAGCUGAAACCCUGCUCAUCGCUCCGUGGUCCCAGUGUGUUCGUGUUUAGUUCUCCCCAUCCCAUAUUCGUGUUCAGCUGUAGCAGAGGAGGCAAAAGUGUACAUUUGGGCCGGGCUGUGUGAUUGGUCUGCAGCUGCAGCAAGAGAAGAGGCAUGAGUUGGUGCUGCUCUGUGAAUAUAGUGACUGCUGCUUUCUACUACAGAUUAAUAUAUAGAGAAAGGCGAAUAAACCUCCUGCCCACAACUGGCUCUCAUCUUUAGCAAAUGCUGUUCCAUCA